CUGAAUUAAAAGUACUUUAUGUGAUAAAAGUAUAGCGAUUUGGCUGCGUAUAGGUUUUCUUUCCGUUCGAGAAGCAGUUUGAAGUGUUAAUGUUUUUUAGCAAGGAAGUCACUACGAUGUCAAAAAUCGUCGUAAGGAAGUGCUUGCAUCAGCAGCGUCUUGUGUGUGUUCCGACCCUCUAUAUAAUACAAACAUCUAUACUUCUCGCAAACAAAACAACCCCGAAAUGUCACUUUUAUAAUAAAUAUCCCCUCCGCUAUUGCCGAGAAACACUUUUAAACACACAAGAGAGCAAAUAUAAGUUAUGGGUUAGCGAGUAAAGGUGCCGUGUGGACGACAAGAUGGCUGGUUAGGGCGCGCCAGGCCCGCUCCCAGCUGACUGUGCUGCUCUAUUGUCCUCUCUAACGUGUCCCAGCCGGCUUGCCCUUCCUUCCUUCCCACCUAGUCGGCUCUUGCAACAUCGUAGGGGUAUAUGGUCGUCCCAUAAAUACCACCAAUGCCGGAUUAGCUACUGAAUCGUACCAAGGGAUGAGGCAACUGGAAGAAGGUCCACAGUUAAAGGUGUGCAGUAUUGUGUCGCCAAGGUAAACAUGAAGAUCAACACGGCAUUCAUACCCUUGAAGGCCCACUACUUCUGUUUCUUAGGAUGUGUGGCCCCAAUCCUUCCAUUCCUGAUCGUAGUGGGAAUCCAGUUGGGGAUCCCAGUGUCAUUGACUGGAACACUGGCCGCCAUAUCCCUCCUGCUGGUGGUGUUCAUGAAGCCCGUCAUUGCCACCUUGGCCGACGUUUUCCCCACCCACAGGAGACUUAUUUUCCUCCUAACCCUUAUCAUCAUGGUGACCUGUUACAGCUGCCUCAUUUUCAUUCCACCCAUGAGAGAGGUGUUUAGGGUGAGAGGCCACUUGGUGAGGGCUCAUAAUACUGCCUUCACCCAGCAGGGGCAUACCACCAAGCCUCCAACAUCUGCUGCAGAAUUAGAAGGCUCAGCUAGCCAGCCUCUGCUCCUGACUCAGGAUGAUGGAGGUUGCUAUGUGGCAGUAGCAUGGGACUGCAUUGCCUCCUGCAAUCACCCGUGGAGUUGCCUGUCAUCCAACACUUCCUCAUCAGGCAUCAGACUUACAUCCUUGCCCAAGGACCACAGCCUCAAUGUCUACCACACAGCCGAGGAGGCCUCCCACUUCCACAUCUUCGGUAGCGGGUCUUAUGAGGGAGUGCCACUGUGGGGACGCAAGGCAGCAGACGAGGGCACCGCUGGGAUCAGAGGUCGUCUGUAUCAGCUAGAAGGUGUCAAUGUCUCAUGGGACCUACUCAUGGCUAAUGUCAGUAUGGAGUGUAAGGGAGGCCAGUGGGAGGGAAGCAAAUGUGCCGGUGUGUGGACAUACUGGGAGUUCUGGAUCUUCGCUCUUUUGCUGUUUGUGGGACAAAUUGCCUUCAACACAGCCAUCUCCAUCACCGAUGCCAUCAUUGUUGACACUAUUGGAAAGACUGGGGAUUACGGUAUCCAGCGGGCAUGGGGCACUGUGGGCUGGGGGCUGAUGGGACCUCUUAGUGGGCUGCUUAUAGAUUGGUGGUCUGGCUCCUCCACCACCAAGAACUAUACACCAGCCUUCCUUCUCUGCUUAUUUUUGGGAUCCUCUGACAUAAUCAUAUCUUCCGCAACUAUUAAGGUGCCAGAGAUGAAGACAGAGCACGAUGUAUUGAAGAAGGUGUGGCCAAUACUACGCCAACCCAGAUUCUUCAUCUUUUGCUGCUUUGUCCUCCUCAACGGUGCCUUCGAUGGCAUUGUUGCCAGCUAUAUCUUUAUCAUGCAGGAGGACAUGGCUAAGGGUACAGAUGCGAUGAGUUACAUGAAGUUCCUCCAAGGACUGACGAUCUUCGUCCAGUGCUCUUUGGAGGCACCCUUCAUGUUUAUAAACAACUGGUUCAUGAGGAAACUUGGAGCCAACUACGUCACAUCACUGGUUUUCUUCCUGUACAUCUUCCGUCUACUGGGCCUGUCUAUCGUAGGUGCAUAUGGUCCAGUGUGGGCGACACUAGUGGUUGAGCUGCUUAAUGGGCCUUGCUAUGGUCUGGGCUACACAGCUAUAGUGGUCUACUCUGCCAAGAUUUCCCCACCAGGCACCAGCACCACUGUACAGAGCAUUGUCAACCUUUUCUAUGAAAGCAUUGGAUAUGCGGUAGCAUCAUUUGUGGGAGGCCUGCUCUACUCCAGUCUGGGCGGCCCGGGUACUUACUUGGUGGCUGGUAUAACGGCCACCGUCACUUUCGUCCUGCAUUUUAUCUCUCUCAAGCUAUUACCACCACCUCAAGACACUGGCACAGAGAAAGGACUACCUAACGGGCAAGUGGAGGAGAGCUUGGAGAAGUUAGCAUUAAAUAUAGACAAUGCAACGGAGAACCGAGACGAAGAGACUUCGGUGUCAGGAAAGGAUGAGGAGUCGGUGGAACUGCAACCAGAGGAUGAUGGCAAUAGAUCAACAGCAUCAUGCAAAGAGCUUUAUAGCCAUCAUUCUGCGUAGUUUAUCAUUAUAGAUAUACCGUAUUUGCUGGCGUAAAAGAUGCACCUUCCCAUAGGACGCACCCUAUUUUACUAGGAUAGUUUGUGGAAAAAACUAUUUUAGUAUGUUUUAUCAUACAUUUUUUGAAAGGUAUUUUAAAGUGAAUUUUGUACCCCAACUCUUACCUCCUCUAAGAUCAGUUGUAUAGUUGUUUAUAUUUUGGGCAAGAGAAUUGGCAAACAGGAUGUUAAACUUGUAUUUCUGGAUGUGGUGAUAUGUUGCCGCAUCAGGCCACCAGGACAGCGCACCCGGCUGUGGUGCACCAUCACAGCGCUCUGGUGGUGGUGUCAUUCACUCAUUGCAAAUAGCUGACAAGGUGGAUGAAAGUUGAAUAUUCCUUUCAAAUUUCUAGGAGCAUUUUUAAUUUAGAUAAUGAAUAAAUGUGUCUUAAAGGUUAAACAGUCGUUAAAUAAUGUAUGACAACAGGUGUGGGUUAUGUAUGCCGAGUAAGGUGGGGAGAUGAUGUGAGCUUCCUUUAUAACUGUCGACGUACCGUAAGCAAUUUUUUGUAAGUUUAUGAUAACAGACUGUUAUAACUCUGCUUUCAAUAUUUUAUUAUUAGUAAAACAAUUUAUGUACUCUAAUAAUUUGGCUUGUUUUCAAUAUUUUAUUAUUAGCAACGAUUUGUGCCUAGUGAACUUACCCAGUAUGCUCGUCGGGAUCCCUAGCCUAUGGGCUCUGUCUCACAUCCAUAAUAUGGCCGCAUUAGAUUCACGACACUUUUUUGAUACAUUUAAAAAUAAAAAAAGCGCCGGCAAAUUACGGUAUAUUAAUGAAAUGAAUGUUAUAGUAAUUCUAUGGAUGUUAUAUUAAUGUCAUAAUUUAUCCACACAACUAAUGUCACUCUACAGCUGUACUGGCUUAACAUAUUCUGAUAAUUACAAUGAUUACUAAGCAUCAUGGGGGGAAAAAUUACUGAAUUAGUAUAACCAUGUAAGGAACAAUACCAUAUUGUUACAUUACUGAAAAAAAUCCGUAGUUGAACAUCCUAGAAGAAUGCACAUUGAAAUCAUAUAGUCCAGUCGGUAAUGCGUGUGCCUGGAGGGGGGUUCAUAAAUGAGUGUGUGAUUCCACUAUAUGACCACAAUAUUGAUUCAUCUUGAAAGAAUUGUUACCAUCAAUCAUGGUCUUAUGUCAUCUGGUCGCAUCCCAGGGUUCAAUUCCCACAAUAGGACCAUGGUGGCUGGGCAUGUUUCCUUGCCCAGGAAAUGCCUCUGUUCACCUAGCAGUACACAGCAGUCAGGCAGUUGAUGGGGAGAGGGGGGGGGGUUAACCUAGGGAAGGUCAGUAGUUGACCUAUGGGAACCUUACAUCUAAUACUUCUGUUUACCUAGAAGUUAGACAACAUGUGAAUAGCAUUCUGGGGAAAGUCAGUAGUUGGUCGAGGGGAACUUUGUACCUAAUGCCAUGGUUCAACAAGCACAUCACCAUGUAGGACUUUCAAUUAACCGAGCCAUUUAUGGGUUCACUCUUAUCAAAAUUUGACAGAGUUGACUUAGAUACUAUGUUUCAUGUAACUGAUUUUAUUGUGCAUGUAUUUUGCAGUUUAUGGAAAAAAAGUUGUGAGCAAUAUAUUUCAUUAAAUUUUAAGUGCUGCAAAAUUACAUACAGAUGGAUAUACUGUAUACUGUACUGGUAAAUAGUACUAUUCAAUAUUUAAAUGGAUACAUAAUGAAUUCUAAUUUUAAUGAAGUUUAAUAGAAUUUAUAAAAAUUCAAAUAGUGGGUAGAUCCAUAAUCAUUAAAACUAUAAUUUGUUAUAUAUAAUUACAAAGUAUAUACAGUAUAUAGCAUAUUGUAUAUACCAGUAUACAGUAUAUACAUAAAAUGGGGUGGGGGGAAGUUGUAAAACUACAUAUUGGUGAUUAAGUGGUACAGUCUUUACUUAGCCACUAAUAUGCAUAGCAUUUUGGGUAUUUAUUACAUUAUUGAGAAUAUCUAGUUAACAGUUCAUCAAAUAAUUAGACAUGGAACCUAUAAUUGAGUUUAAAUACUAAAAGUACAAAGGUAAGCAAGUUGCAUGAGAAAAAGAGGGGCCAAAGUGCGAGAAAAGACGUUACUGUAUCUACAAGUAGAGACCACACAUUCGUCUUUGUGUUUCUCUCUACGUCAUUGUCUUAACUUGGUACAUGUACUCUCUUCAACCAAAAAAUUAUAGUUGGAGGAUGAUCAUAACAAUGAAUGUGAGAGAUUAAGAAGACAAAUAGAAGUACCCCAUAAAUAGACAAAAAAUUCAAAUGAUAGGCUAAAAAGCAGAAAAAGUUCUAAAAGAAAUGCAGCACAUUAAGUAGUCUCAAUAUAAAUGGGAGAGUGAGAUGAAACCAGGAAGGGGGGGGGGGGUGAGGCAUCUAGAGGCAGAACUAAACGAGAGUAAGAGGGCAAAUGAUAUGAUUUACAUGCCAUAGAAAUGGUUAGAAACCAGAAAUAGCUUGAAAAAAAUGUGAGAAAUGCAACUCUGAUUGAAAAUAAAAAUAAAUAACAG